AUUGUACAUAACCUCACAAAUUGGGUGGGGAAACUUCGGUGUUUUCCUUUUGUGAUUUUUCCCAUUUUUUCUGUUUCUAUCUGUGAAAAUUGUGCAAAAACAACUCCAGGCUGGAGAUGAUAAUCUAAUUAUUGAACUGGUGAAGUGUGCAAACUGGGAAAAUGUCCUCGAGAAAAAAGUCCACCACGAGCUCAGAGUCCUCUGGGUCGAGCUCGGAGUCCUCUACCACGAGUGAGGGUAGUUCAAGUGGUUCUGAUUCGGGCUCAACGAGCUCCGACGAUUCAGACACUUCCAGCUCUCAGAGGAGUCGGGCUUCUGGCUCUGGAUCGGCAUCCCAUCAUGAAGUGCCUAAGAGUGAGGCGAAGGGAAGCCAGAACACCAAGGUGGCUCCACGGAGACGCAGUUCAGAGGUGCAGAAGCUGGUGCAUCAGGGGAAAUUGGAGGAGAAAGGGAGUGGGAAUAAAUCCAAGGAUCGUGUAGUGUCUGCCAGUGCGACAAAAGUCAUGCAGCAGAAAGUUGCAAAGAAUUCUGCAUAUUCAAGUGACGAUGAGAUGCCCCAAAAGGCUCCAGUUCAGCCGAAAAAGACCGCUCCGGAAGCUGGGAAAAAGCGACAAGUUGUUCAGGGCAGUCGCCAGAAAAAUGUCGUUGGGAGUGUUCCGCCGAGUACUGGAGGCAAAGCACCUCCGUCAGUCCUGAAACAGCAUCAACAGUCCAUGGGGACGCUGUCAAAAGUGGUUUCCGGAAGCAAGGCAAUUGCUGCAGGAGUCAAAUCUACAACACAGGCUCCAAAGACUUCGGAGAAGCAUGGAAGUCAGUCGAAGGUGAAGAAGAAGAGUAUCUUCUCUCCGGACAAUUCUUCAGACACCGACGAUGGGGCAACAACAAAGAACACUCGGCAGCCGGCAAAGAACAAACAAAAUGCAAAAGUUGCUCAGCAAAAGCCAGGGAAAUCUGCUCCAGCGCCUCCCAAGACCAGGAAAAUGUCCAGCAAGAGUUCAGCUGAGUCCUCAGCUACCACAACAACAACAACGGACGAUUCGAGCGAGAGCGAGAGUGAGACGGCUUCCAGUGAGGAUUCUAGUCCUCCGGCCAAGAAGAUGGCCAUCAAAAAGUCCACUCCGAAGGCUGCCAACAGUACUGUGAAGCCUUCUGAGGAGCCAGGAAAGAAUAAUGUGCACACGGACUCCGAGCAUGAAGCCAGCAGCAAGCCAACAGUGGCCAGGAAGCUAACGAGAUCUUCCAGCACCCGGAAGUCUAAGCAUUUAAUGGGAAAAGCUCCGUCAGAUACGGAUUCUGAGGUGGAUGAGAACAAGAGGCAAUCUUCCAAGAGUCCCGUUAAGAAGGCACCUGCGGUGUCGAGCAAGGGAAAGGCCAAGAAUACCACAAAACGCCAGGAAACGGCCAAAGUGAGCAGCAAUACCACUCCUCCGGUGCCGCAGGAGAGAAAGUGCCCAUUUGAGGGAUGUGAUUCCUUGGGGCACCUCGGAGGGCAAUUUGACAAACAUUUCACAAUCGAAGCAUGUCCGAUGUAUCACAAUAUGACCGCUGCAGAAGCCAAGGUGGCCUACAUUGAGCGGAAGAAGAGAGAUGAGGAGCGCAGGAAGGCCCUGGCAGCCUAUGAUCCCAGCAAGAAAUCCAUCACUGCCGACCAGAAGGCCUACCUUCAGCGUAUCCGGGAGAGUCGAGCUAAGCACAAAAGCAACCCAACUGCCAAUUCCCAUCCACCGGCUGAAGACAAGAAAAAAGAACCUAAUCUCACGGGAAUUGUAUCUGAUUACGAUCUUCAGCUGUUCCGGGAUGCCCAGGCCUUGGCUGCUGAGAAUAUUGAGAAUGAAUUGAAAGCCCUGCCGGCUAGCAAAGGGACAAAGUACAUCUCAAUGGGGAAGUACAAAAUGGAUGUUUGGUAUCAGUCAAAGUAUCCAGAGGAUGCUGCUCGUCUGCCCAAGCUCUAUCUCUGUGAAUUUUGCCUGCGCUACCAGAAAUCCGAGGUGGGCAUGAAGAGGCAUGCAGCAAAAUGUGUCUGGAGGCAUCCACCCGGGGAUGAAAUUUACAGAAAAGGGAAAUUGGGCGUUUGGCAAGUUGACGGGAGGAAGAAUAAGAUCUAUGCACAGAAUUUGUGUCUCCUGGCCAAAUUCUUCCUGGACUACAAGACCCUCUACUACGAUGUGGAACCUUUUCUGUUCUACGUGAUGACCUUGGCGGACUCUGAAGGAUGUCACACAGUCGGGUACUUCAGCAAGGAAAAAAAUUCCUUCCUCAACUACAACGUGUCGUGCAUAUUGACUUUACCACCUUACCAGAGGAAAGGAUAUGGACGUCUGCUCAUUGAUUUCAGUUACCUGCUGACGAGAAUUGAGGGCAAAAUUGGAUCACCGGAGAAACCACUAUCGGACCUGGGAUUAAUUUCUUAUCGAUCAUACUGGAAGGAUGUACUUCUCGAUUAUUUAUGUUCACGCAGUGGCACCCAGUUGAGCAUCAAAGACGUUUCACAGGAAAUGGCUAUCAAUUCAUAUGACAUCGUGAGUACACUCCAGGCUCUUGGUAUGAUGAAGUACUGGAAGGGCAAGCAUAUUAUUCUCAAAAAGCAGGAUGUCCUGGAUGAUUACGCUGAGAGGGUGAAACGACGUGGAAAUGUAUUAAAAAUCGAUCCUGAGUGUCUUCGGUGGACACCAUUUGUGUCACCAACACUCACUGGACCGACAUCCUAGCGUUCAGCCACAACUGCAAAUUCAGCCGCAAAUUCAUCCACCCACUCAGCUACAUCGGUAAUUGCAUCCUCCACAACUAAUUCUUUCUCACUCUACUACUACUACUCCACCAAUGGAGGUCGUCUGCCACCCACUGAGAUUUGUAAAUCUUCAACCAAGUAGGGAUCAGGCAGAACCAUCAACCAAGAAAGAAUUGGGCAUCAAAACAACAUUGCGCAUAAGUAGCAUGAAGCGGUUGUAAGGUAUGAAUAUCAAUUGAUCUGCGCGAAAUUCUACAUAAUAUGCUACUCUUUUUUUUUGGAAGAAUCUCCAAACUAAAAAUGUCAAAACUUCUCGUUUUUCUCGAGAUGAUUUAUUACACUGACUGUAAGAUUUUCUUUUUAAACUGUAAGACAAAAUUAGAUGUGCAAACAAAAUUGCAAAAAAAAAAACAUAUAUCGUGUAGGUGAAAAAUAUUCAUAAGGGUCUCUUGCAAUAUUGGAAGUUAAGGAAUAUUUAAUGAAAACGUAAAAGAAAAA